GAUCGCAAGUGUGCAAAGCAUGGCCAAGUACAGGAAAGUGACUCCCGAGGGAGGAUGGGGAUAUAUUGUGGGCUUGGGAUUGGCAGCGUCUCUCAUGUGCGCUUUGGGGACUUUGCCGUCGUUUGGACUCAUGUUUGGUGACUUCCUGAAGGAUUUGGGUGAGGAAACGAGUGCGAUCGCCCUGAUCACGAGCUGCUUCUUCAGCUCCUUCAGCAUCGCUGGACUCUUCACAAACACUCUCUUCAAGAAGUACUCAGUGCGGAAGAUCGCUCUGGCCGGGGCUUUUCUCUACGUCAUCGGGAGUGUGAUGGUGAUCUUCGUGACGACAGUCACUCAGCUGCUCGUCUCCUUUUCGGUGGUUCAAGGCAUCGGCUUCGGCCUGAUCAUUCCAUCGGCGUACACGACAUUCAAUCUCUACUUCAAGGAGAAGCGAGUGUUCAUCAUGAGCAUCGCGCAGACGCUGAUCGGCCUGGGAUCGAUGAUCUAUCCGAUCGUCAUUCAGUGGCUGAUGGACAACUACGGCUUCCGCGGCUGCAUGGCGAUCAUGGCGGCGCUCAACGGGCAUGCAAUUGUGGGGAUGCUCGUGAUGCAUCCCGUGGAGUGGCACAUGAGGAAGGUGAAGGUGGAGGACAGCGAGGCUGAGGGUGCGAGAGACUACAAGAUCCCCCGCAAGGGCGGUCACGAGGAUGAGGACGUGACGGUGGAGAAGCUGCUGACGAAGACGCCCGUGCAGCAGAUCAAGGAUGAGGAGGAGAAGGUGAAAUCGCGGCGCGCCUCGAGCAUUCCCAGUCUGGGCAACUGGACGGGGCCGAUUGUGAUCAGUGACGCGUCGGAGAGGGACAAGCGGCCCGCCGGGAAGUGGCAAGUGCUCGUGGACUUCCUCGAUCUCACGCUCAUGACUGAUCUUACGUACGUGAACAUCGUGCUGGGCAUCUCGUUCGCCCUGUUCUCCGACAACACCUUCUUCGCCGUGCUGCCGAUGUACCUGUUCGAGCUGAACUUCUCCAAGCAAGACGCGGCCAAGAUCAUCGCCAUCGGCGCCGCGGCGGACUUGAUCUCCAGGACUUUUCUCGCCCUCGCGAGCACGUGCAUCAAGGUGAAGUCGCGCUACGUGUACAUGGCCGGCGCGGCGUUCACGGUUGCCGCGCGAUUCGCUCACCUUUGUGUGUUCGACUUCAAUGGCAUGGCGUUUAUCAUUGGCAUCAUGGGAUUUCUCCGGACGUGGAUUCACGUCACACUUCCACUGGUCUUUGCUGAGCAUCUGCCGCAGGAAAGAUUUCCCUCUGGCUAUGGACUGUUUAUGGCCAUUUCUGGCUUCAUUGGCUUCGUCGUGGGUCCGAUCAGUGGCUACAUUCGCGACGCCACGCGCAGCUACCCGAUCUUCUUCCACAGUCUCAAUCUCUGCAUGGCUCUCUGCGCCGUUCCCUGGAUCCUCGAAGUGCUCUACCUCAAGUUCCUGCGCCGGAAGCCGGCGGACGUGCCCUCGGUCACGGUGAUCGAGAUGGAGGAGCGGCCGGUGAAUGGUAACUAAAGUGCAUGG